AUGAUAAAGAAGCACCUUGAAUAUCACAAUGCGCCUUCGGAGGAUGGCAUUUCGCUCGUCUCGAAUCCCCCCGGCACCGUGUCGGACGAGAUUGCGUUCGCGUUUGAUAUCGAUGGGGUUCUCAUGAAAGGGGGCAAGCCGCUCCCUGAGGGGAUUGAGGCAUUGAAAUACCUGAAUGGGGAUAAUCCUUAUGGGAUCAAGAUACCCUACAUCUUCGUAACAAAUGGCGGAGGCAAGACAGAAGAAGAACGAUGUCUGGAUCUCAGUCAACAACUGCAAUUAGAUAUCUCCCCUGGCCAGUUCAUCUGCGGCCACACCCCGAUGCGUGAGAUGGCCGACCAGUAUCACACCGUCCUGGUUGUCGGAGGUGAGGGUGAAAAAUGCCGAAUCGUCGCGGAAGGCUAUGGAUUCAAUGAUGUCAUCACUCCGGGAGACAUCAUCAAGACGAGACACGACACGACACCGUUUCGUCGAUUGACCGAUGAAGAAUACAAGAACUCGCGGUUCCGGGACCUGAACAAUACACAUAUCGACGCUAUCUUCGUCUUUGCAGACAGCAGGGACUGGGCGGGUGAUCAACAGAUUAUUCUGGACUGCCUUAUGACCCAGAACGGGCACCUGGGUAGACGCUCCAUGACGGGAAAUGAAGGGCCUCCGGUGUUCUUCUCCCACAAUGAUGUUAUCUGGCCUACCUCGCACGAGCAGUGUCGUAUUGGGAUGGGCGCCCUCAAGGCAUCCCUUGAGGCCGUCUACAAAGCCAUAACAGGAAAGGAUUUGCUGGCCAUUGCAUUUGGAAAACCGCAACUGGGGACCUAUAACUUUGCUACGCGCUUGCUUCAGCAAUGGCGCAAGGAUAGCCACAACAUAGAUAAGCCCCUGCGCACCAUUUACUUUGUCGGUGACACGCCCGAGUCGGACAUCCGCGGCACCAACGAGUCCAACAAGGUCAGCAAGACCGAGUGGGUGUCCGUCCUGGUCAAGACGGGUGUUUACCAGGAUGGUGACACCCCGAGCUAUCCUCCUGCAAAGAUCUGCGAUACUGUUCUUGACGCUGUCGAGUAUGCUGUUGAGCUCGAACAUGCCAAAAGUAAAGGCGAGCUGGGUCAAUGA